GGUUAGAAAGAUGAGUAGAUGAGUUUGGUUUGUUGUUUACAAUUUUUUGUGCUUUUUGAUGACCAAAGCCAAAGCUAUUAAUCCCAGCUCUGACCAAAACCUGCCACCCUUUGCAGAAGCAUCAACAGCUCUCAUAGGCCAAAGUGUGGGGUUUUGUAUUUAUUGGUGUUAUUGGGGUGUGGACUCCGGAGAUUGCAGCGGCAGGAUUUUUGUUUUUUUUGGGAUCAGCAGAAGUAUCAGGUUUCAGAGCAGAUAAAGAAGAACAAGCAAGAGGCAGAAAAAGGAAGCAAAUCAAAAAGUUGUUGGAAGAGGAAACUAAGAAGGCUAGGAAUCUGGAUUAUCAGAGGAAUCAUCAGCAUAUCGAGCAAAUCCUCCAAAACGAAUCCAUAAAUUCCUACCAAACAGAAGCACCCAAUAAACAAAUUUUUGGCGAAAUCAUAGAAUAUGCAGAGCAUAGAAAAGCAAUGGGCAUGAAGAGCGCCGGAGGGGAGAUAGUCCAAGUCCAAGGAGGCCACAUUGUCCGAUCCACCGGCCGGAAAGACAGGCACAGCAAGGUGUACACGGCGAAAGGUCCCCGAGACCGGCGGGUCCGGCUCUCCGCCCACACCGCCAUUCAAUUCUACGAUGUACAAGACCGGUUAGGCUACGACCGGCCUAGCAAAGCCGUGGACUGGCUCAUCAAGAAGGCCAAGUCGGCCAUUGACAAGCUAGCGGAGCUGCCGCCGUGGCAUCCAAUGGGUAAUUCUAGCGCUGCAGCAGCAGAAGAAGAAGACCCAAAUGCAGGGUCGGCAGACAUGGCAAUAGCAGAGCAGUCAGAGUCUUCCGGCUACAACUUUCAGCUCCACAGGCAAUUAGCUGAGAACCCAGAUGAGAAUUCAAACUUCAUUUCACCGGCUUUAGAUUCUGAAGCCAUCACAGAUACCAUGAAAUGUUUAUUCCCGACAACCUCUGCAACCUCCUCUCUCAAUUUCCAGAGCUACCCACCUGACAUAAUUUCCAGAAACUCCAACCACACCCAAGAUCUUGGCCUAUCUCUCCAUUCUUUCCAUGACCAUUCAGCUCCAAACGACCAGAACCUUUUUGCAGGCUCCGCUCCGGUCGGAUUCGAUGCCAAUUACCAGAGAAUGGUUGCUUGGAACAGCGACACAAGCGCAGAAAACAGAGGUGCUUUUGUGUUCAACUCUCCAGCAUUGGCACAACAAGCAUUGCUAGGCCAAGGCUCAGCAUUUUCACAGAGGGGACCCCUUCAGUCCAGUUUUGCACACUCAGUUCGGGCUUGGGAUGAUCUUUCUAUUGCUUCAUCGCACUACCAGAAAACACAGCCAAUUCAUCAAUCUUCCAUGUUCGGAGGCCGGUUCACCACCGACGGAUUGCCGGGGUUUUGCAUUCCGGCGACAAUUCAGCGUGGGGAGGAGCAAACUUCCAGUAGGCCAUCCUCUACCUCUCCCAAUUCCCACCAGCAUUGAUUGAACAAAAGCAGGACUAGUUUCCUCGCCAUUAGGAUUUUGAAGAUUCUACUGUUGGAUAAUCGAAUGGGAGGAAGAGAUUGCAGUCAAUUCAAUGGUCUACCGUGGGAAGAAAUUAUCUGGUUGGAUUCAACAGUUUGUUUUUUCUAUGAUUAAUUUGAGUUAUUUUAUUUUGGAUGCUCUAUUGCUUACUACUAAGCAUGCUGUUUUAGCUCAACUUUGUUUAAUAGGUGCUUAAAUUGUUUAAGUAAUUUGACUCUCUGAGAUUAUGGUCCAAGUUCUCUUUGUUUUUGUUAAAACGCAUGUGUUCAACCCAUUGAAAAAACACAUAUCUAGGUCCAUUGUAUAUAUCGGUGAGCCGGCGAUACUUUAAAAACAAUAUUCAG